UGUAAACAAUACAAAACUGAAGUGAAGUGAAUUGGCGAAAUUCAGCUGGCUGGAAUUUUCUUUAGAAUUUAACAAACAUUUAAUAUUCCUAAUCAAAAUGCCUCAUGGUCAUUCUCACGAUCAUGGUCAGGGUUGUGGCCAUGAAGCCACUGAUGUUGAUAAUGCCCUAGAAAUGGGCAUUGAAUAUAGUUUAUAUCAAAAGAUCGAUAUGGAAAAUUUGGAAUGCUUGAAUGAAGAGUCCGUAGGUAGUGGUAAAAAGGUAUUUAAACCCUAUGAAAAACGUUUGGAUUUAACGGAGUUUGUUCAAAGUGAUGCCGAUGAGGAGCUGCUUUUCAAUAUACCAUUUACCGGCAAUGUUAAAUUGAAGGGAAUUAUAGUGGCGGGAGCCAAUGACGAUUCACAUCCCAAUAAAAUGAGAUUAUUUAAAAAUCGUCCUGCCAUGACUUUCGAUGAUGUUAGAGGCAAAGCCGAUCAGGAAUUUGAAUUGACCAGAGAUUGUCGAGCAGAAAUUGAAUAUGCACCAAAAGUUGUUACAUUUUCUUCAGUACAUCAUUUAUCCAUACAUAUACCUUCCAAUUACGGUGAUGAUAAUACCAAAAUAUAUUAUAUAGGUCUUCGUGGUGAAUUCAGUGAAGCUCAUUAUCAUGGUGUCACUAUUUGUACUUACGAGUCCCGGCCCAACGUAAGUGAUCAUAAAAGUGAUGCAUUUGAUGCUGUAAAUCGUACUAUACAGUAAAGUGAGACAAUUAUAAAGCGCACUUAUUUUUAUACAGAAUGAAAAUUUAUAAAUAAAAAACAUCAAAGAUAUGUACAAAA